AUGGAUCCUCUCGAGGUGGAAUUUUUCAUCAGCGAGGCCAUGAAAGAGUUUGCUUCUUUCGCGUUGCUUUUCUCCAUGCUGCUCCUCUGCGCUAGGGCACUGUGCGACUUUCAGUUGGCGAUGGCGACGUUUCUCAAGCAGCAGGCUGUCGAGCGAGGCGGAGGCACUGGCGGAAGCGCGGCUUGGCAUGUCGUCGUCGGGCGCAACUUCGCUUCCAAUUUAACGCAUGAAACCGACCACUACCUUUACUUUUAUAUUGGCCAGACGGGGUUUCUCGUCUGGAAGACGCCUUGA